GAACCCAUUACAGUAACAAGACUUUUGAAACUGAUUCCUUCGUGGGAUUGGCUCCCUCGCUUCAAGAAAUUAUAGAUUUGAAGAGUACAAGUUCUAGUGAGCAAGAAAGCAGUGGUGUGUCAAACAACAAGAACUAAUAAAAUGCUAGAAAUCUUCUCAUCUAGUCGAGAAGUGCCGUAUGCUGUAGUUUAUUGGAUUAGAUUGAUCUAUCAGGUGGCUUGAUAAGUGAAGAAAGCGGCUGUAGUUGCCAAAAAUAUUAAGAACUUUUCAGAUUACGAACAACGUAACAAAAAUUUCCAGAAGUGACAGAAACUUCGCGUAAGGACUCAACCAGUAUCGUGUUUCCGGUCGGUGGAAGAACUACUCAAACCAGCGUUGGUGACUAUGAAAGAUUUGAAAGACCUAACAGCUAUCAAGUUGAAAGCUUAUACCCCGGUCAAAAGUAUUCGCACCAGUUGGAAUGUUCCAAUAUCUGACUUUGCCCGGCUCACCCACAAUCCGAUUCGUGCCAUUGUCGAGGGACUGAAGAUUGUACCGAACCCAGAUAAGCAACUGAUCGCCCUGUCCAUCGGUGACCCGACCACAUUUGGAAAUCUCAAACCAGCACCGGAAGUUGUCGAAGCGGUUCGUAGAGUAAUCGAGGACGGCUCUAGCAACGGUUACGGUCCCAGCAACGGUUUCCUAGAGGCACGCGAAGCAGUUGCGGAAUACGUUGCCCAUCAAGGUGCGGUAACGCCGAACGAUGUCAUUCUUUGCAGUGGCUGCAGCUGCUCGCUGGAUCUCUGCAUCUCGGCCCUAGCGGGAGCGGGACAGAAUAUCCUAGUACCGAAGCCGGGAUUCUCGAUAUACCGCACCCUGGCCGAAGGGUUCGGCGUUGAAUGUCGCUACUAUGAUUUGAUGCCGGAACAGAACUGGGAAGUUGAUUUGUCACAACUGGAAACAUUGAUUGAUGGCAAUACAGCCGCUUUGAUUAUCACCAAUCCAAGCAAUCCGUGUGGCAGCGUGUUCAGCAAGAGCCACUUGAAGGCGAUUAUAAACAUCGCGGAGAAACAUUUCCUGCCAAUAAUAGCGGACGAAAUCUAUGAACACUUCGUUUUCCCGGGCUACGAGUUCCACUCGGUCAGCUCAUUGUCUGAGAAAGUACCCGUGCUGUCGUGCGGUGGGCUGACCAAACGCUUCCUGGUCCCCGGUUGGCGGAUGGGCUGGAUAAUAAUUCACGAUCGCGAUAAUCAUUUCCGAGAUGUACGCAAAGGACUCGCGAAUCUAUCGGCUCGGAUUCUGGGAGCUAAUACAAUGGUACAGGGUGCACUUCCCGACAUUUUGAGAAAUACUCCGACGGCAUUUUACGAUGAUUUGGUUUCUACACUUUAUCGUCACGCCGAAAUUGCUUAUAAAUCCAUCAAACAAAUCCGUGGUCUUCGUCCGAUAAUGCCCGGAGGAGCAAUGUACAUGAUGAUUGGAAUCGAAAUCGAACGGUACCCGGAGUACGAAACAGAUUUGGACUUUGUACAGGCCUUGAUCGCAGAACAGAGCGUUUUCUGUCUCCCGGGGCAAUGCUUUGAAUAUCCGAACUAUAUGCGAAUCGUACUGACGGUCCCGGAGGAGAUGAUCACAGAGGCGUGCAAGCGGCUGACCGAGUUUUGCGAGAAACAUUACAAAAUGGAUGACCGUAUUAUCCUGCAACAACAGAAUGGAUUACUGGCCAGAAUGAACCAGUACUAAUGAGUUGGUAAUCACAAUCGCAUAUAAUCAAAAGGUGGUGGGCCAGAUAAUAUUUCUAUCGCAUGUAAACUUGGUUGCGUCAGCCGUCUAUCGCAAAAAUAGUAUGUAGCAUUUUUUUUAUUCAAAAUUUUUUUUGUUGAUUUUUAUUCAUUACUGGUGAUUGCAAUAAAGUAUCAAGAAAAGCACAA